AUGGCCACCAGAGUGUGGGGGGACUACGAGUCCCAGGCGCUCGUGAUCUGCCCGGAUCAGACCCGCCAUUGGCUGCAGGAGCUCGGCCCCGCCCUCCGCGCCCUGUCGGGGGCGGGCUCCGUCGAGCUCCUCCCCCCGGGGGCGGAGCCGGGCCCGGGGUGGGCGGCAGCUCCCGCUGGGGAUCGAACCUGGGCCUACCUGGGCCUGCAGGGCCUUUCCGACCCCGCUCAGACCCGGGAGCAGCUCCGGGCUCGGACUUUGAGGGUCCAGCGGCGCCUCCAGACCCUCGGGGAGUCCCCAAAAGGGUCCGACCCCCCCUCGGGCUCCUCAACCCAGCACCAGGUGCCUCGUUAG